AUGGCCCUUAGUAAAAUCUUGAUAUACAUUUGCAUUCAGCACGCAAUUAGUGCCAACCCCAUUAAAAGAGAAGUAGACACAUUGCAACCUUCACACAUUCCGACGCGUCACUCAAUAUCGGAAUAUUACCACAGAGUACCAAUUGCAGUACCCCAACCGAUACCGAUCACAGUUCCGCGCCCUGUUCCAUAUGCGGUUCAUGUUGGGGUGCCGGUGGAUCAACCAAGGCCAGUAGCAGUGGCUGUACCACAUCCAGUAGCCCACAUUAUACCCCGACCAAUCGCAGUGCCGAUCGAUCGACCAUUCCCAUAUCCAGUUGCGCAUCCGGUACCGAUAACGGUGACGCAAGGUGUGGGUAUUCCUGUUCCGCAACCGUACGCUGUCUCUGUACCGGCUCCGGUACCAAUAAGAAUACCGCAACCCAUUCCAGUUUCGGAUGCACAGGUGCAAUCACAACCAGUAGUCAUUUCACAGUCCGCUGUGACGUCGCAAGCUGCCGUAUUGUAG